CUGAGGGCCCAGUUGGUGGAACUUCCCACGUGGUUUCAAGUCCCGUAUAAAAAGUUUCAGUGUAUAGUGGCACAAUUUCGAGAUCGCGAGGCAAAGUAGAAAGCCGACCCCCCUGAUACGUGUUUAGACCGAACGACAUGUGGACUCUUUUGGCUCGGGAAUAUAACGAACCAAAAUAAAUCCCAGGGAAAGGCGGUAAAGAUCAAAAAGUUGAACAAGCGAAACAAAACUGCGUGAAGAGUGACAGACUGGCAGACAGACAAACAGACAGACGGGCAGGCUCUGGAUAUCCCGAGAGCGGUGGUUUCAAAUUCACUGCGCUUUCUUUUUUUUGGAGAUUUCGUCCGUGCGAAGCCUUUGCAUUGGGUCAGUGAACAACUUUAUCAUCUUUUCCCUUCCUCGCUCUCCGUUUCUUUCUUUUUUUUUUUGUUUUGUUUUGUCUGCUGUCUUCAAUGAUUUAGUUUUCAUGUUUCACUUCCACCAUGGCUUGACACGUCAGGUUCUGCUUAGACGUGCCAGUCUUCGGUAUAAAAGGGCUGCCGGGGAGAGACAGGAUUCCGGUCAAGCUUUCGGGCUGAGUUUCACUUUGGAGCUCGAAAAAGCAACCCGUUUGUUUUGUCCCGAGGAGUCGCAUUGUCGCCUUGUGUCUGCACCUGAUCGGAUUCUUUUUUUUAUCCUGUGACACUUAAAGUAACCAAAGACUCGAUAGAACCCACUGAGGGGGCAACGACCAAGCGAAUGUAAAGGGAUUAUCAUCUCGUGCCUCUAAUCUGUAAUAACUGCACGUAUGGAAGACGCGAUCGCAGCUCCCUGAGCGGACUCUUUGGAUUUGGUGCCCCUGCGAACAGCUGAGUCCUUCCUCCAUGGACCAUCUUUGUUAACUUUGGGAUUUCUGUUUCGGAUGCGAUAAUCACCUUCUUUUAAUUAAGAGCCCCCGGGCGUUUGUGUGAUUUUUUUUUUGGUUUUACGGCGCAUUCUGGUUUUGAUUAUUUAUUUAUUUAUUUAUUAAUUUAUUUAUUUUUUGUAGCCAUGUGCCGUCUGCCUGUCAAAGCGCUUUGCCUUUUGGUGUGCGUAGUCAGCACCACCGGCACACCGGCGCCCGGGACUGAAGCGCAAACGGAGUCUCCGAACACUUGCGCUUCUUGCGGGAUCGGGCAGCCAGAAGAGUCGGGCCGGGUCGACAAGGAUUUUUUGGAAGCGGUGAAACGACACAUUCUGAACCGGUUACAAAUGAGGGACAGACCCAACAUCACUCAUCCCAUCCCGAAGGCGGCGAUGGUAACCGCGCUGAGGAAGCUGCACGCUGGCAAAGUCAGGGAGGAUGGCAGGGUGGAGAUCCCCAACUUGGACGGGCACGCCACCUCCAAUAACGAGAUCCAGGAGCAGACGUCCGAGAUCAUCAGCUUCGCCGAGGCAGAUGAGCUGGCAUCGUCCAAGUCCAGCCUGUACUUCUUGAUUUCCAAUGAAGGAAACCAGAAUCUCUUUGUCACCCAAGCCAGCCUGUGGCUUUACUUUAAAGUGCUGCCGUCCAACUCGGAGAAGGGCAGCCGGCGGAAGCUGACCGUGAAAGUCUACUUCCAAGAGGCCGCCUCGGCUGGCAAGUGGAACGUGGUGGAGAAGCGGGUGGAGCUGAAGCGCAGCGGCUGGCACACGUUCCCGCUGACAGAAGCCGUUCAGAUGGUCUUUGAGCGGGGCGAGCGGAGGCAGGACCUGGAGGUUCACUGUGAGGGCUGCGAGGAUGCGGCGGUCCUCCCCAUUUUAGUGACCCCCGACGACGAGUCCCACCGGCCGUUCCUGGUGGUCCGGGCUCGGGCGGCCGACAACAAGCAUCGGAUUCGGAAGCGAGGCCUGGAGUGCGACGGAAGGACCAACCUUUGCUGCAGGCAGCAGUUCUAUAUUGACUUUCGCCUCAUCGGCUGGAAUGACUGGAUCAUAGCGCCCUCGGGGUACUACGGGAAUUACUGCGAGGGCAGCUGUCCGGCUUACAUGGCCGGCGUGCCAGGGUCGGCGUCCUCGUUUCACACGGCCGUGGUGAACCAGUACAGGAUGCGGGGGAUGAGCCCGGGCUCCAUGAACUCCUGCUGCAUUCCCACGAAGCUCAGCACCAUGUCCAUGUUGUACUUCGACGACGAGUAUAACAUCGUGAAGAGAGACGUCCCCAACAUGAUCGUGGAGGAGUGCGGCUGCGCUUAGCGAGGACCGGGGAUCACUGGGGAGUCCAGUCAGCCAAUGGGAGAGGAGUAUAAAGAACACAAUAAUAUUUAUGAACAUUUGGGAGAAUAUAUACUUUCAUAUAUAUAUAUAUAUAUUUAUAUUUGCUAUCUUCCUACACAAAGACCUUUUUCACUCUGCCAAUUUCAGGAUAAUCUUGAUAUACAUUUAUAUAUAUAUUUUUUUUUCUUUUUUCUCUAUUUGUUUAAAAAAAGAACAAAAAAAAACGCUUAACUUAAGAUCAUCAUGAUCAGGAUGAUCGGCGAGGACAAUAACGGCUGGACGGAAUCGAGCAGAUGCUUCGUUGUUUGGGGAUGUUCAAAGCCUUUAUUCCACGGACAUUUUCAAAAUGGAGUGUGGUGGAACCAUUUACGAAAUGGGAGCCUCGCCACUUGGGGCCGAUGGACUUUACGGCGUCAGCUCCCUGAGAUCCUCUUUAUGCAAUUUUCAGCACUUCCUGAGAGGAAUGGCGGACGCCUCGGUGAAAUACGACAUACAAUAUGAGAUAUUGUGUCCGUGCCCCCGUGGUUUCCCUGCCUGUGGCCCACCUGGGGUGGGGGGGAGGAACAGGACUUCUGUCUAAAAUCCGCUAAGGGCGUCACCUCUAGGGGGCGCAAUCCAGGAAGAGGCGGAAUCAGGGCUUUACCGCGGGACUUCCCAGCCGCCCCUUCUGAGGUUUCCCUGAGGAAGAAUCCCCCGGGGGGCUCGAGGCAGCGCAGGUGUCUCCUGGAAGGACGGCCACACCGCUCAGCUGGCCUUGGCGUAACGCAGCACCUGCGGACUCCUCGGUGCACGGACUUUAGCACUUGCAGAUCUAAAUGCCUUCAAAAAGGGUACUUGAAAAUAAAAUGCACUUACCUUCCCACGCCGUUUCAGUGCCACCACGUGAGCUAUGCAAUCUGACGUACCCACCCACACCCGGCAAACUCGACCUUUUUAUUGUUUUCCUCUUCUCGAUACUUGAAAUGUGAUCAUUCGCUUCUUCUUCCAGGAAAGGCAAUGGUUCUUACAAUGUUUGCACUGAAAAGUUGCGCGAUUAGUUUGAAAGAAAGAAAGAAAGAAAGAAACUGCCACUGAAAAGAAAAAGAAAAAGAAAAAAAAUGAAGUCUUAUUUUUAUAGAUGCAAAUUGAAUUCUGUUCAAAGUGUAUUAUAUACCUAAUAAUGGAACCAAAGAGGCCACUUGGUCCGAUGUCUGGAGAUGGCCGGCCGUCGGGUGAGCAGUGCAGAGGCCUACCUGCUCUUUCAGGGUACGAGAUGUCGGCGCUUCUCUGCUGUUUUCUUUGCUUUGGUUUGGCUUUCGAAUUCGACACCUUAGCAGACCAGGCCUGUCACCAUUGUGUAGAAACUUUGAAUUCUUGCUUCCAUUGUCUUUUUUUAUUUAAAAAAAAAAAAAAGUUCUUUGUAGUCCUUGUCGAUGAAUCAUUUUAGUGUCAAUGUCACCUCUGUACAGUUUAUGUAUAAUAAAAAGAAAACAAACCUUUUUAAAAUGUUUGGUGGCUUCUUUUUAAUGAAAUGUCCACACGUAGGCCUCUCGACCAGCUGGGCCGUGCACUGGGACCCCUGACCCACACUGGGACCCCCCUCAGCAGGUCACAACAUACACAGAUAUUAGCAUGGGCCCCGUGUGCUCGUGGGACCCCCGUGCAACUGCCCAGCACGCCCAUGAGUUAAGACAGCCCUGCUCUCGACUGACGGCUCUUCAGGGUCUCCAUCACCUCUUCACCUUCUCCAGUCCUCUGCCCAGUGACUCCUCAAUGGUUACUCUUUCUUCUAUCGAUGGCUCUUCACCUCCUCUACUCCUUCACUCUCAACUACACCUCAGUGUCUCCAGUCCUCUCCAUGCAUUUCAUUCUGUGUCCUCCAUCUGUGUCUGACAUCUCCCUGACCUUUCAUUGUCUCCACUUCUUUGGGCUGAUGGCCGUUCACUUCU